ACAAGAUCCAUAACCCCUUACCGGAAAAAACCAAAAACCGAAAAAAAAAGGAGAAAAGAAAAUUAAAAUAACUAAGGAAACAAAUAGAAAGAGGAGGAUCACAGAUCUGUGUCCGAAACUGAGCUGAAAGAAUAAAUUUGCAUAUACAGUUUUAUACAGAGAAGCAACGAAGAUGAUGUCCAGCAAUUACACCGCAAUUGAUAAUCAGAAUGUUUCCGGAUCUGUUCCUGCAGUCGCAGAUCCACCUGGCCAAGUUGCCGUCAAAUUCACUGAUUCGAAUUUGCAGACAUUUCCACCUUCCAGUUCCCAGGGGAAAAUCUCUGGUGCUUCUGGACCUCCACGUGAUGCUGACGAUACAUUCUCUAAACCAGUAUCUGGUUCUGAUGAGCCCCAGCAGAGCGGUUGGUUUCGCGCUUUCACUAUUGCUGCGUACAAGCCCUAUUUUGAUGUUGAUACCUCUGAUGUUCUAGAGAGAAUAAAAGAUUCACUCUUUCCUUUCACGGGAUCCUUUUCGGAGAAGACUGCCGAUAAACCAGAUUUGUAUGGCCCGUUCUGGAUAUGCAGUACCUUGGUAUUUGUUGCAGCUUCCAUUGGCACAUUUGUUACCUAUAUAGCACACAAACUACAGAACAAGGAGUGGAACUAUGACAUCAACCUUGUCACUUGGUCUGCGGGUUUAUUCUAUGGUUAUUCCACUAUUGUUCCUCUUUGCUUGUUUCUAGUCCUCAAGUACUUCUCUGCCCCAUCUGGCCUCGUUCAGCUGCUGUGCCUUUACGGCUAUUCCCUCUUUGUCUUCAUUCCGGCAUUGUGUCUCUCUCUUCUUCCCUGGGAGAUAGUGAGAUGGGUGGUUGCUGGUGUAGCUGGCUUCAUGUCUGCCACAUUUGUGGCUCUUAAUCUGAAACACCACAUAGCAUCGGCUGGUGAAAGGUGGUUCUUCAUUGUGGCUGCUAUCUUCCUGUUGCAACUUGCACUUGCUUUGGUACUGAGGGUUUACUUGUUCAACGUCACAGUAUAACUACAAAAUUAUUGGAAUUUGACUAGGCUCGGUUUGAGCUUGUCAUAUAAAUCACAGAGAAAGGACACUGUUCUUCGUAUCAACUUGACUGUAAGUGUGCUUGGUCAUUGAAACGGAACUGUAUUCAUUCAUUUUUGACGAUAUACAAUAAUAUAGUUUCAUCGAAGGUUCUCAGCU